GGAGGAUAAAACCCAGCGCUGGAGCCGCAGAGAGCUCACACACGCCGCCUCUUUCCAGUGGUCGAUCCCCCCAGCCCAAUCCGGCCCCGCUCCCCAGCGCUGCUGCGUCUGAGCGCGUCCUUCUCGCCCCUUGUGCGGAGCCUGGAAGCUGCCAGGGGCCCGGAGUCGUGUUAAGUUCCGCGGAGCUCAGAUCACAAAGGGGUGGUGGGAUCGUGGGGGUCGCCUGCUGCAGUCCAAAGCUAUUCCUUAUUGCCGUCUCGAACCCUGAUGCUUUUUGGAAUGAGCGUGUGUGGCAGGAAGGCUCUGACUCUGCUCAGCAGCGUGUUUGCUGUAUGCGGUUUGGGGCUCUUAGGAAUUGCUGUUAGCACCGACUACUGGCUUUACCUGGAGGAAGGAAUCAUCCUGCCCCACAAUCAGACCACCGAAAUCAAAAUGUCAUUGCACUCUGGUCUCUGGAGGGUCUGCUUUUUGGCCGGUGAGGAGCGUGGCCGGUGUUUUACUAUAGAAUACGUCAUGCCCAUGAAUGUCCAGCUGACGUCUGAAUCAACAAUCAAUGUUCUAAAGAUGAUUCGUUCUGCUACGCCUUUCCCUUUGGUCAGCCUCUUUUUCAUGUUCAUCGGAUUUAUACUGAGCAAUAUUGGACACAUUCGGCCUCACAGAACCAUCCUGGCCUUUGUAUCUGGAAUCUUCUUCAUUCUGUCUGGUUUAUCUCUGGUUGUGGGGCUGGUGCUGUACAUAUCCAGCAUUAACGACGAGAUGCUGAACCAGACCAAGGACUCAGAGACUUACUUCAGUUAUAAAUAUGGAUGGUCAUUUGCUUUCUCUGCUAUCUCUUUCCUUCUCACAGAGAGUGCUGGUGUGAUGUCCGUCUACCUGUUCAUGAAACGAUACACGGCUGAGGAGAUCUACAGGCCUCACCCCGGCUUCUACCAUCCCCGUCUUAGCAACUGCUCUGAUUACUCAGGGCAGUUCUUGCACCCUGAUGCCUGGGUGCGCGGACGCAGCCCCUCUGAUAUUUCCAGUGAUGCAUCUCUCCAGAUGAACAGUAACUACCCUGCCCUGCUCAAAUGUCCUGAUUAUGAUCAAAUGUCCUCCUCCCCAUGUUGAAUGGCAAUUAACCCCAUUGCCUACUUGGGAUUAAGAGCAAGCAGCUGCUGUGUCCUGACUCAGUUUGUCAUUUUUAGGCCACUCUUUCAGGACAAUCCUCUGUUUAUAUGAUCAUAGAUGGUGUUAAUCAUUGCCUAGAGAGUGUGGUAGGUUUUUGGGUUUUUUUAAAUGAUGCUUACUCUGCAUAUCUGAAAUACAUCUAAGGUCCUGAUACCCCAGCCAUUCCACACACCCAACAAGUAGUAGCUUUGGAUGUGGAAUAGAUCCAGGAUUGGGUUUAGAGAGGGUUGGAUAUCAAAGAACCACCAGUAGCAAAAAUGCAUUUCAUGGUAGGUGGCACAAGCUUGUGUGUUUGUAUCAUUUUGCUGUAGAUUUAUUGGCAUGAACGAUACAUGUACAUUUCUAAGUAAUGGUAUUAAUUAGGAGAGUAUAAAAUGCAUCUUGAUUUGACAUUCACAAUGAUGGACCAUCAUUUCUGUGUAUCAUUUCUAAGUGGGCCAUAAUAAUCAGUAGCUAUCCCUCCCAACUAUACCUCAGGGGAUUUUCAGAGGUCUAUAAUUAUGUUAGGUUCCCACUGACUUUCUGUAGGAGCCAAGACAUUCAUUUAGGGCAUUUAGCAAAUCAUGUCCAAAAACCGUUCAUGUUAGACCUCCCUCCAAUAUGGCUUUGAAAACUUUUGACAUCAGAAAGGCGCAGUCUUGAAACAAGUGGUCAGAUUCUCUGCUGAUAUAACUCUCAUAGCUCUGUGGAAGUCAGUGGCACUCUGCUAAUUUCCCCCAGCUAAAGAUCUGGUGGCAAAUUUUAUAUUUUACAGAAAAUAGUAUAUUAUUUCAAGCUUGAUUAAUUUUUGCAGCGGACCUUCGUUGGGGACCUCGUUAUUCAUGAAAACAUUACUGUUAUACACUUCGGUCUUGGAGGACUGAGAGCUACCAGGAGAUGAAUAUCAGUCCAUUUCUAAAUUUAGUUUGGGGAACUGAAGGUGAAAAUCUAUAUACGGUACUGUUGUAAAAAA